AGGACACAUGUAUGUAACCGUGUCAAUGAGGCUGCCUAUGUGCCAUCUUAGAUAUGUUCUACUGAACAUGCAUAAACUACAUGUGUGAAGCUGAGAACAUUAAGCUAUUCCUCUUUGUGACAAUCAUCGCUGAUGGAUGUGUGGAAGAAUGCAUAUCGAAAAAUUACUUUCCAGUUAUGAGCUUUCCUUAUCAUUAACUGCCAAAGAUAAGCUUUCAUCUACAACUUUACCUCGCGUCUACAAUUGCUAUUAAAGGCCGCGUCAAAUUAAUUAGUGGCAUCAUAAGGUAUUAAUAGUGACAUCUAUAAACAAUGGCUCACGUCAGAAGCGGAACGAAUGGCAAAGGCGUUCACCCUGCUUUGAAAGGCGUAUCGACGUCUAUGCAAACGACCGAGGACGGACUCGUACAAUGGAACCAAAACUACCAGGUCUCAGCGUCCAGGCAGAUUCUACCCUUGCCAAAAGAAAUGAUUCCACCCCCGCCGCCGCUGACGAGCGUCAAGGCUUUGUGUUGUCACAUUCCGUUACGCUUCCUCAACUCCAUCUUAGCCAUCCUCACUGUUGUCUGCAACGUGGCCAUGAACGUAACGUUGCCCAUUUACGCCGACGCCAUGAUCAAAGCUGGCGGUGACGUUUUCGACGCUCUAGUCUUGGCGGGAGUAUUUUUUCCUGUUAUCUUUUUCGCCUUUCUUCUCGCCAGCAAACUGUUCUGUGACAGGACACAGAAACUGUUGCCCAUUGGCAGUUUUAAAGUGGCGAUUUUGGUCGGCUUCUUGACGGCCAUGAAUGGAGUUUUGGUCGUCUUCGCAAGCCCUGCCGAGAGGACACCUCCGUAUCUACAAGGUAUACUGGCAACCACACUCGUGCCGUUCACCGUUUUCUUCCGGUAUCUGGUACUACGGAAAGGGGUCAGUUUUCAGCGAUUGAUCUGCACGGGCGUUGUUCUGGUGGGUUUAUUCAUCACCAUAGAACCUCAGGUCUGGGACCUUGAGGGUAGUGGUUCGGCCUCCGGCAAUGGUGGGGACACGGGGAUAGGACGAGUGCUCUGGCCCAUGUGUUUUGCCCUCGGAUUUGUGCCAGCUGCCCUCCUCAAUGUGUAUAUAGAACGACAAACCAAGGGCGAAGAGGCGGAAUCCUUUGUGUUCAUAACCUGGAUUCAGUUGUUUCAGGCUAUUUUCGUUGUUUUGUGUUUCUGGGCGGAUUUCAUUCCUGGCUUUGGAACCGUCGAGUCUCCUGCGCUUUUUUUUUCUAAACUGAAGAUGGCUUUGGGCUGUAUGUUCUCCUCUAGCGACGACUGUUACGGCGUCGCCUUCAAGGCUUGGCUUUUCAUUACAUCCUACUGCACAGCGAACCUCUUCUCUCUCCUGCUGAUCCAAUACGCCGAGGGCGCCAUCUAUGCGGUCAUCGUCCAGGCGCUGGUCACACCCUUAGCCACACUAUUCUGGACGGUCUUCAAGCCGUCCCCAGCGUUUCACUGGGACCCUGAGUUUACGACGACCACUGGGUUCACGCUGGUCGGCCUGAUGGUCAUUUCACCCGCUGUCGUCAUGUAUAACUACUUCAGUAAAAAAGAAGAAGCCACCCCAAAUGAUACCAUUCAGCAUCCAUGAAGAAUAAAUAUUCCCUAGGGUUAUGAAUCAGGCUCUACAUAUGUUUUAGUAUUUAUAAAUUCUGUUUAAUGUAAAAUGUAUAUAAAAGUAUCUGUUUACGAUGUAUGACGCUUAACAUAUAAAUAUAUAUACCCUUUUAUACAAUUAACACAUUUAUGGCUCUCAUUACAAAUAUAUACCCUUUUAUACAUUUAGUACAUUUAUGGCUCUCAUUACACAUAUCCUCAGGAUGGAAAAUAUUUACUGCUACCUGAAAAGAUAGCUAUACAUAUUUUCACUUUCACAUGUAUAGAAAGGCUAUUCAAUAUAAUGAACAAUCUUGACUGUGUGUUUGCUUCUUACUGUUUGACAAUCAAAUUACAUGUGAUUUUUAUUUAUUUCAAUGAACACAACAAAUAAGUGAACGACGAAAACAACAGUCAAACCCAAAUUGAAAGUGAAACAAGGGAAAUUAAAAUUAUUUUCAUGUGCUUCUAUUGCAAUUAAUAUUGCAACUCCAACAUACAUUGCAGAGAUAUCAUCUUUUUCGUUCUUUUUUAGAACAUAUUUAAAUCAGGAUACUUUAAACUGUUUUCGACAUGACAAUGAGAACAUCCACCUCAAGAAAAACUAAGACAAUCAGCUUAAAUAAUACAAAUUUCAGAAUGUUUUUAAAAAUAGAAGCAUCUAAAAAAAUUGUAAAUAGAAAAUGUGUAAAAGUUAUACUUUUAUGAUUUAAUUCAGUAGAAAUCGUUCAGGCUUUCCCGCCAUCUACGCUGUCACUAAUUGCUAGGUGAUACAUGUUGGCAGAAGUGUUGCAAUUUUCUUGUUUUUCUUUUUCUUUUUUGUUUUGUUCUUUUUUAUCUCUUAUUUCAGAAUAUUUCCAAAUAUUUUUCACCCACACAAUCAAAACACAUAACAAAAGGCCUGAACAGUGCUGCGGGAAAUUGAACACGUACGUAAUGUGAUUGGCAUUCAAAGCAUUGCAUUUGUAUGGAUUGUUGUCUUUCUAAAUUACUUAACAAGAAAAAAUGAUACGUUACUGCUUUUUAUACAAAGGAUGGAUCUCAGUAUAGUUUUUUUUUCUUUACUAGUUUCGCUCGUGAUCAAAUAUGUAUACAUUAGUCUUGAUACAGGUACCAUGACAUGAUUCCCCUUUGGAAGUGUACGCUAGUUCUUCAACCUUUUCAGCCGACUCCGGAACCAAUAUUUUGAAACAUUGUGAGAAAGCUAUAGGGUGUAGAGAACUAAUUUGGCAUAGCCUUAUGAAGCUUGCAUCUUCAGUGACAAAAAUUAAUCAUUUUGACUGCAUUUUGAUAAUAAUUGUAUGCUUAAAUUCCUCUGAAAAAGGUGCUUUAUUG